AUUUGUAAGGGGCCUGAAUCAGCAAAGUAGUUAUUAUUUGAAAUCGUGGCCUUAGUAAUCAGGUGCUUGUCCUUGAUACAAAUGGAUGGUACUAUCCGCAGCAUUAAUGUCGGCCUUGCUUCUAUACUGGUCGCUCUAUAUUGCUUUGUCACUUGACACCAGAAUAACGUCGACUACUUCCUAAAUAUCCUUGAAAAUAAUUGCACUUACGCUUGCGGGCUCAUAAUCACAACCAUGUCUACCUCUACGUUUAGAAACAGGGUGACUAUCACGCAUAUCGGAACUGCCACAGCAAUCAUCGACAUUGAUGGCAUCACCUUUCUGACCGACCCUUUUUUCUCUCCUGCCGGCAGUGAAUGGCCCACAGUACACGAUAAAGAGCCUCUCAAAGUCCAUGUCGACCCUGCUCUAGGCAUGAACGAGCUUCCACAUAUCGAUGCCGUCCUUUUGAGUCACGAGAACCAUCCUGAUAACCUCGAUGAGCUCGGCCGCCAGCUACUCGAUGGACGUCAUGUCGUCACCACAUGUGAUGGUGCAAAGAAUCUUGCCCCCAGACCCAGCGUCCUCGGCUUCAAGGACUGGGAGGAGAGAGACGUCCUCAUCGCCGGAAAGCGUUUCCAUAUUACCGCUACUCCUUGCAAGCACUGGCCCGGUCAUGAGUGCGUCGGGUUCAUUGUCCGCACGGAAGAUUUUGGUGUUGCCCCCGACGGUCUCCCGAAUGCCAUCUACUUCACCGGCGACACCGUUUAUGUCGAAGAGCUCGCUAAGAUAGCCGAUAAGUAUCAUAUUGCGGUUGCCCUGAUGAAUCUCGGCAAAGCCACCUUUUACGAAGUCACCAGCGAGGGUCUACCCGGUCAACCAGGCGAUGUCCUUCAGAUCACUAUGGAUGGUCGCCAAGCUGCUCGCCUCUUCCAAGAUAUCAAGGCAGGUGUACUUGUGCCUAUGCACUAUGAGGCCUGGGACCAUUUUAAGCAGCAUGAGGAAGAGCUCUCGCAAGAAUUUAAAGAGGAGGGUGUUUUGUCAAAGUUUAGAUCUACAACAAGCUUGAUUUUAUUGGCAUGUUUUUUUACUAUUAUGAAUACGUGGGGCUUGAUCAUAUCUUUCGGUGUCUUUCAGACCUACUAUGUCACGACUUUGCACCGCGCACGCUCUGAAAUUGCAUGGGUCGGCUCCAUAGCCGUCUUUUUGCUCUUUUUCAUGGGACUCAUCAGCGGUCGUCUGACAGAUGCCGGUUAUUUUCACAUCACAACAAUCGUCGGCGCACUUCUCGUCGUGCUUGGGACAUUCAUGACCUCUCUAGGUCAUACAUAUUGGCAGAUCAUCCUCGCGCAAGGACUGUGCACCGGCUUGGGGAACGGAUUUCUUCUCACCCCGAUGAUGACCGUUAUCGCCACGUACUUUAGGAGAAGACUCGCACUUGUCAUGGGGAUAGUAGCCUGUGGAAGCGUGACAGGAGGUCUUAUCUACCCUAGCAUGGCAAGAACGUUGCUGCCAACGAUAGGUUUUGGAUGGACAAUGAGGACGAUUGGCUUCGUACAAUUGGGUACAUUCGCUAUUGCUUUGGCGAGUGGUAGGCCGAUGCGCUCCCAUAAGAAGUCAGGACCGAUUGUGGAUUGGUCUGUCUUUAAGGAGGUGGCAUUUACCUUGUAUCUCAUUGGUUGUUUCUUGGCUUACUUGGGUGUCUUCUUCCCGUUCUUUUUCCUGAGUUCGUAUGCAAAGGAGAUACGAGGGACUUCGUAUACGGAAUCUUUGAACCUCACGCUCGUUUUGAAUGGCAUUGGGUUUGUAGCCCGCCUGCUGCCUAGUCUUAUUGCCAGGUAUUUUGGCACCAUGAAUGUUUUCAUAGCAUUCUUGUUCGCAUCUGCACUAUGCAUGUAUACCUGGAUCCCGGUUCAUUCGACCCCUGGGCUAUACAUCUGGACCACAUUUUACAGUUUGUCCGUGGGCGGAGUUCAAUCUCUUUCCCUUGCCGUGGUGCCUAUUAUUAACCCAGAUAUUUCAAAGAUAGGAGCACGGCUAGGGAUAAUUUCUGCUGCAACAGGAAUCGGAGCCCUACUAGGAUCACCGGUUUCAGGUGCGAUUAUUUCCGCAAAUGGGGGCUCAUACGCUGGUGCCCAAGUUUUCUCAGGGAGUACUUUAAUUGCUGGAGGCUUUUUUGUACUUGCCGCACGGGAUUUUAAGAGGCGACAGAAACAAGAGGGCUUGUGGAUGAAACUAUGA